UCAUAUUCUUCUCGCCAAAUAAUUUACACUUAAUUAGGUUCACAAUACAAACAUUUAUGAAUAAUGCAUUGCUCGAAACCAAUCUUCUUAUCUAUAAUUCCAUAAUUAAAGUACGUAAACCUCUAUAGUUAGGAAAUAUGACCUGGUCAUGUAUUGUAGCUGGAUUCAAGAAAUCUAACCUCAAGUCACAAAACCCAAAUUUAAAAAUAAUCACAAUACUCCAAUAAUUUAACCUAUGAAUUAGGAAAAAAUAAUGUCACCAAAAAAAGGCAAAUACAUCUUUAGAUUUCCAAUCAAAUGCAUCUUUCAAAAAAAAAUUAACCAUGUAAAACCUAAAUGUUAUCAAUUAACACCCUCGAAUUACACCACCGCCACCACCGCCUCCACCUCCACCUUCUCGAGCCCUCUACACGAUGGGGGGAGGCGGCGUCCUCCCCUACUAACACCUCCACACAAUUGCAUGGCAUGGAAAUCGAACGCAUCACCCUCUUGUAAACGGAGGGUGAUGGUGGUGGCGGACGCCACCGCAGAGUCGGUGGCCGCCCUACAAUACGUUCUUUCCCAUGCAAUGCAAGACAAUGAUGACCUAAUUCUCAUGCACGUAACACAACCUUCUAAAAAAUCACCCUUGUUGAUAAAAUCUUUUUUUAGACGUCAUUCCGACCCCGGGUUGGCGGGGAUAUCUAACUUCCAUCCCACGGCUGAUGCCGGUGAGGGUGGUGGUGGCGGUGGUGGCAAAGAUUUCCUAGAGGUUAUGAAGAGGGCAUGUAAAGGAACGUUUCCGAAUUCGAGGGUUUGGGUUGAGAAGGUGGAACAAGGGAGUUUGGAUAAUAAAGGGGCUGUUAUUUUGCUAAGGUGUAAGGAAUUGAUGGUUGAUUUACUUGUUGUUGGCCAACGUCGUCACCUUGUGUCUAUUCUUUUAGGGCCGAGAAGAUCUUUUAGUACUGGAUCAACAGUAUUACGAGGAGGUGCACCAAAAUCAGUAGACACGGUCGAAUAUCUAAUAGAAAAUAGUCCAUGCACUUGUGUGGCAGUGCAAAAGAAGGGACAAAAUUCAGGCUAUAUUCUCAAUUCCAAAACUCAUAGAAAUUUCUGGCUUCUGGUCUGAACCAUUUUCAAAGGAUUACAAUUUUUUUUUCAAUCCUUAAAAAGCACUCGAAUUGGGAGCUGAAGCUUCUAGAUAAACCUUGAUUCGGAAUUCAUUAGCCAAAGUAUGUAAUACUCAGCGAGCCAAGCUAAGAGAUUCAAUCGUUGGAGAAACAUUGUACUCCUUACUAGCUAUA